AUGUUAGUUAUCGAUGGAUUCGAAUUUCAAUCGAAAAAUUCUGCCAAAACGAUAGAAAUUUGGCGUUGUGCUAAUAGAGAUUGUGGUGUUAUUUUGCAUACAAAUAUUCAUGAUGAAUUUUUACGUUAUUCUGGAAAAGGUACGGAACAUUGUCAUUUACCAAGUACAGUCCGAGUAGAAGUUCGCAAUGUUAAACAGUUAAUGCAAGAGCGUGCCAGAAAUGAUUUAGCACCAUUACAACAAAUCGUUGAACAAGAAGUGAGAAAAGCAUUGUUGACAGCAGAAGCUCUUGCAUUAUUGGCCAGUUUACCGGUGGUCUAUGCUCUACUUUCGGAUCGUUUUGCAAGUACAUAUGUGUAUUUAAUCAAUGUCUUGUUUACUGAAGCAGCUCCAUUAAAUAAAAAAUUUGAACCGUCGCUGAUAAUGAGCGACUUUGAACCUGCUCUUGCAAAAGCAAUUAUGCUUGAGGUGCAAUCACCUGGCUUAUCAUCGACAUAUCUGGACAAUGUUAUGAUAUGUAGUACUGUUCGACAAAUGAUGGCAUUAGCAUUAGUUCCGGAACAAUUCGUUCCAUCGUUGUUUCCUCAUAUUGGUGAGGAUUUAGAUGAUCCUGACCGCGAUGAACUAUCUGAUUUAUUCAAAUAUUUUGAUGGAUAUUGGAUGAGACAAAUACCAAUAUGGAAUGUUUCCAGUUUGUGCCAAAGGACAAACAAUACAUGUGAAGGUAUGUGAAUGUCUACAUGUUUGGGUGUGACGAAAAUGUAACUACAACAACUUUUCAGGUUACAAUAGUCGAUUGAAAAAACGUAUGGCUAAAAUCCAUCCAAACAUAUGGCAUUUCAUCGAUUCAAUAAAAAAAAGAGACAAAUACCGUUGUUAUGGCACAUAUUAAAGACGUGCCAUAAGAGACAAUUGUAUAAUAGUCAUAUAUAUAUUCGUUCUCUAUUCUUCUGCUAUGGGUAUUUUCUCUUUCUGUCAUAUAUGUAUCUGUAUUGUUCUCUUUCUUUCUAUCAGG